AUGAGUGGAGACAGCAUCUUGAUGCCAAUGAUGAAGCUGGUGCCAGUGGCUCUGCAGAUGCCAGAGGGGCUCCUCAUGUUCGCCUGCACCAUCGCGGACAUCGUGGAGCGGUUCACGGACGCGGAGGCAGUGGUGAUGGGUGACGUGACCUACGGCGCGUGCUGCGUGGACGACUACACAGCCCGGGCCCUGGGCGCUGACUUCUUGGUGCACUAUGGACACAGCUGCCUGAUCCCCAUCGAUGCCACGCAGGGGCUGAAGAUGCUCUAUGUGUUUGUGGACAUUAAGAUCGACGCGUCCCAUUUCCUCGAGACCAUUCGCUUCAACUUUGCAGCCGGCACCUCCCUGGCCCUGGUCAGCACCAUCCAGUUUGUCUCCACGGUGCAGGUGAGAUGGGGACCCCUAGCAGUGUGGGACAUGGCUUGUGUCUUCUCCCACCUUGCCCUUGGCUCAGUCCCUCCUUGCUGCAGCUCUGGGGCUGGAGCAGCUGCCCUGGGGUGCUGGUGGUGACAGUUCCCCUCUAACAAGUCGCUGCAAUAAGGCGCUGCUGCCGUAAUGUAUUUGGGUGAUGGGCGCUUCCACCUGGAGUCCAUCAUGAUUGCCAACCCAGGGAUUCCUGCCUACAGGUACGAUCCCUACAGCAAGGUCUUCUCCCAGGAGCACUACGGGCACGAGGACAUGCGCCGCGCUCGGCAGGACGACAUCUGCGCUGCCGCCGGCGCCCGCUGCUGGGGCCUCAUUUUGGGCACGCUGGGGAGGCAGGGCUCUCUUGGCAUCCUGCAGCACCUGGAGUCGCGUCUCCGCGCCCUGGGCCGGCCCUUCGUGCGGGUGCUGCUGUCUGAGAUCUUCCCCAGCAAGCUCCAGCUCUUCCCUGGUGUGGAUGCCUGGGUGCAGGUCGCCUGUCCCCGGCUCUCCAUCGACUGGGGAGAAGCCUUCAGCAAACCCCUGCUGACCCCCUACGAGCCCAUCGCCCUGCCCACCCUGCACGUCGUGGGCGAGGCCGACGCCGUCAUCCCCGCCUCCCUCAGCAGGGAGCUGGCCCAGCACUUCGUGGAGCCCGUUGUCCUCACCCACCCCGGCGGGCACUUCGUCCCCGCGGCUGCCCCGCAGAAGAAGGCCUACCUGGACUUCUUGGACCGCUUCUGUCCUGCAGAGGGAACCGAGCCCCCGGGGGCUGGGGCUGAUUGA